AUUUAUUAAACACCUUCUUCUUCUUCUUCUUUACAAAAUCCAACUCACCCACACAUCUUCUCUCUCUCUCUCUCUCUCUCUCAGAAUAAACGUCUCCUUCUACUUGAAACAACUUCCACCUCCACCUUUUCUCUCUUCCAUCCAUUUGGAAAGUGACUAACCCCAGCUUCUCUCAUAUAUAUAUACAUAUAUCGAUAUAGAUACCGGCAAGCGUUAACCAUCCAAAAAGUUAUAAUAUUAAACCUCCUUUCAAAACCCUCAACGCAUACAUAAGAUAUCAGCAUGCCUAAAUCCACACUUCUUCUCCAUAGAAUCAACACCGCCACCACUACUAACUCCACCACCACAACGUCCACGUGCCAGAAACGCUGGUGCCCUUUAUCCUGCGAACCCACAGUUCCAGGCACUGUCUCGAGGUACCACAACCAUGUAUUACGCCCCAACCAGUGCUGCUCCGCAGUCGUACAGCAGAUCGCUGCGCCUGUCUCCACCGUCUGGUCCGUCGUUAGACGCUUCGACAACCCUCAGGCUUACAAACACUUCGUCAAGAGCUGCCAUUUAAUCAACGGGGACGGCGACGUUGGCACUCUCAGAGAAGUACACGUCAUAUCUGGACUCCCUGCAGCCAAUAGCACCGAGCGCCUUGACAUCCUUGACGACGAGAGACACGUCAUCAGCUUCAGCGUCGUCGGCGGGGACCACCGCCUUGCCAAUUACAAGUCCAUCACCACCCUCCAUCCUUCUCCGAGUGGAAACGGCACGGUCGUAGUGGAGUCCUACGUGGUGGAUGUUCCUCCUGGUAACACCAAGGAGGACACCUGUGUGUUUGUGGAUACUAUUGUUCGGUGCAACCUUCAUUCGCUUGCUCAGAUCGCACAAAACUUGGCCAGACUCAAUAAAUCAUAAUCUUCUUCGUAAGUGACAUAAUAUAAUAUCACAUAUUUAUAUUUUAGUGUUGGAAAAUGAAAAUGGAUUUGGUGAUACACCGUCGUUUUUGUGAGUAUCCGAUGUGAGUAAUUUGCCAAUGAAACUUAAACAAGCUAGUUAGUUCUUCAGGUUUUUUUUUUUUUUUUCCCCUUUUCUUCCAUGUGUAAUAUUUUCUGCUAUUUACUGUCGCCAUAACUUUGAAUUAUUAAUAUUUUUUUUUCUUUCUUUA